UGCGCAUGCGCACCGUGGACAGGUUUUUGACAGUGUAAAGAGCUCGUGCUGCUCGUCACGCGCACUGUAUGAAUAUUAUUGUUGUUGACAAACAGACAGUUUAGACUCAAAAUGGCAAACUGCGCCUGGUCAGACAGAGUGCUCCAGCUGCUCCGACGAAUGAACAACUUUCAUUUACCGGGCUCAUGUCGCGCCAGCUGCUGCAGGUUUGAGGUGAACGGGGCGCAGGUCGGCUGGAUUCCUCCUCACGUAGCUUCGCUGUUGACGCGCUAUCCGGAGGUGUUCAGCCCGCCACGGGAUGGCGCCGUGUCGCUGUGUCACAGCCUGGACUCGUACGGGAGGAGAUCCGAGGCUGUGGACGCUGUCCUGCAGACUCUGAGACGAGAGGACUCCCUGAGCUGCCUGAAAGGAUGGAGGGAUGAGAAGUACAGUGUGAUGCCAAAAUUCUCAGACCCUCCUUUGAUGUGGAUGGAAAGAGCUGCUACGAGUCUCUUCGGGGUGAAGCGGUAUGGAGUCCAUAUCAACGGUUACAUUGUCAGUGACAGCGGGGAAGUCAGCAUGUGGCUGGCACGACGCUCCCCCACUAAGCAGACAUACCCUGGACUACUGGACAAUCUGGCAGCAGGUGGUCUGGCUGCUGGUGUUGGCGUCAAACAAACUCUGGUCAAAGAAUGUCAGGAGGAAGCUUGUAUCCCAGCAGCCAUUGCUGAGAAAGCUCAUCCUGUGAGCACAGUAAGCUACACCUACGAGGAAGAGGAUGGAGUGUUUGCAGAAGGUCAGUUUGUGUUUGAUUUGGAACUUCCUCUGGAUUUCAAGCCCAGAAUCGGAGAUGGAGAGGUGCAAGACUUCUACCUCCUGCCCAUAGAUAAGGUAAAAGAACUGCUGGCCACUGAUGACUUCAAACCCAACUGUGCCAUGGUAGUCUUAGACUUCCUUAUGAGACACUCAUUUAUUGAUCCAGACACAGAGCCGUGCUAUCAGGAGUUUGUGGCAGGACUGCAUCAGACAUUAGAGUGAAGUUGAGGACUGAGCAAGACCAAGACACCACACUGUGACAGAAGUUUGGAUUCAUCCCAGCAAACGUUACUAAACGUUGCAGAAGCCAAGUGUUGAGUCCUUGUUUUACGCUUUGAGAGAACAGAAUCGACCGAGAUGGAGACUAAAGCGGUCAAUGAGCUGAAGAGAGGGGUUCACAUGCUGGCAGAUGAACUGAGGGAUGCAUUUGGGAUUGACUUUAACAGGAUGGUAGACAAAGACUGUCUAAACCAGGGAUGUCCAAAGUACAACCUGGGCCCAAGGCUUAAUUUUUAGAAUAAUUUUUAUAAUAUAUCAUUUAUGGGCUGCUAGGAUUGUCAGAUACUGUAUGACUGGAAGAUUUGGCUUUUUUGGUUACCACAACGAAGCAUUUGAACCUUUUUAAAGACAUAACUGCUGCUGUUAUAUCUGUAGAUGUGACACUAAAUAUUACUUUCUGAAUGGUCUUGUUAAAGAGAAGAGCAAGAGUGAUACGUUUUAAACUUAAAUGUUAACAGAUUUUGCAUCACUAGUCAUGUUUAGAUUUGUAUCAACUUCAUGCAAGUUUAACAUGUUCCAUACAAUUUAUUCUGUUAUCUGACUCCCCGGGAAUCUUGACAUUGUCAAAUCCAAAGUUUGGACACCCCUGGUCUAAAUGAAAGAAGCUGCUAAGCCCAGUUAUACUGUCUGCUUGGCUGGCUCUGGUUCUACAACAACACUGCUGCUACUUGUUGUUUUCCCACCAGAGGACACCCAAGGGAAAACCAGAAAACAUUUUCUCCAUAUAUAUCAAGUUUGUGGUGUGUGACUUAGGGCUGUAAAGAGUAAUGCACUUCUCCUGACUCUGAGCACAAAUCCCAUCUUCUCCCCACCCACACAGAUCGUCCUGUUUUGAUUCUUGAAUCACUUUCUUCUUUUUGUAGAAGCUCCAUGUUUGUCUUCCCCACAUUGUUCCCAAAAUUAAGAAUUCAUUUUAAUGUUGGUGUAAUUAUUAGUAUAAUUAUUUCAGGAUGAUUAAAUCUCAUCGUGUUGUCCAA